AUGCUAUUCAACUGGUUAUUUAUAAUUCACUCAAUUUUACGAGUUUCGACCGAAGCAUAUCCUUAUCUCUCGAGAAAUGAAAAUAAUGGAACAAUGGAUCAAGACCUAUUGAUCAAACUGUUCAAGGAAAAGUAUGGCUCGAAGAGGGUGCUGGAGCAUUCUAUACGCAUUAUGGAUGGAAGAUACGUUUACAUAUCUGACGAAGUAGGAAAAAACGCUAACCAGAGUGUGAUUUUUCGCAAAAUUGGCGUCGGAUAUAGGCGACUGACUACUGCUAUUCUAAAGCCGCCCAAAAAGCUUAGCGAAGAUAAUAUCGAUACGAGUAAAUGGCAAGUCGAUAAAGAAGCUUUGACAUUUGAUAGCUAUGCUACAACAAUGAUAGAGGAGAUGUUCAUUAGUGGUGCAGUCGAAAUAAGCAAACAAGCUUCUGCAAAACUGCUACUCAUAGGUCUUGGAGGAGGAUACAUAAGCACAUACCUUCACCAUAAUUUUCCUCAGAUGGACAUUACUUCAAUUGAGCUGGACCCUCAGAUGGUAGAAAUUGCAAAAAGAUGGUUCAAUCUAGAGCAGGGUGAGAAACAUCACGUCUUCAUAACUGAUGGUGUAAAGUUUGCGAAACGUGCCGCUACGAACGGAACGACAUAUGAUGUGAUUCUUUUGGAUGCAAGUGCAGAUGUUCCCAAGUCGUUGUUCAUUGCUCCUGUUGAAGUUUUUGUCACUACUGAUGUAGCCAAAAAUUUCGGCAAACUUCUAAACGAAAAAGGUGCACUCAUCAUCAACAUUCUUUGCGCCCACAAUUCCUAUGAUAGAUGCGUCAAAGAGCUACACCGCAUUUACGGAACGGCUUUCAAAUUCUGCACCUUUAAAAAAUUACACAACUCAUCCAAUCUGGUAAUGACAUGCACACAGAAACCUGCACCUAGUGGCUUAGCUACAUUAUAUGAGAAUUUUGCCAAUUACGCGAAAUAUAAUGCAAGAGUUAGCGAGAAAUGGUCAGAGUGAACUCAGGAGAAAAAACUAUUUUUCUUCUGCGAAAUCAUUUAUUUAACGUG